CAACGGUGCUACUCCUUUUAUAACGGCCGUGGCUGGAAGACAUGACUUGAUAGUUCGGCUUCUCUUAAACUACAAACCUCAGCUUGACUCACAAGACAAUUUUGGAGAAACAGCAUUGAUCUGUGCAGUCAGGCGUGGCUCCGAUGAGGCGUUGAGUCUACUGCUACGAAAUGGCUCCAAUUUAAACAUCCAAUGCAGAAAGGGUAUGACCGCUUUGAUUCGUGCAGCUCUUGUGAGAGAUGUGAAAAAGCCCGUCUCUUGCUGGCAGCUAAGCCGCAGAUUGACAUCCGCAAUGAGACAGGCGCCACGGCUUUGAUUUGCGCAUCCCGGAAAGGGUGCUACAAGAUCGUUGAUGCACUAAUUCAGAAUGGAGCCCAUCUGGACAUUGAAGACAAUGACGGUCAGACGGCUCUGCUCUUCGCUAUGCAAUACAAUCACGAGGCAGUAACGGCUUUGCUGAUACAAAGUGAGGCAAACGUCGAGGCAGCCACAGAUAAAGACGGAUGGUUCCCGCUAUAUCAUGCUGUUGAUAGAUGUUGGAGUAAUAUCGUUCGUCAACUAGUAGCAAAGGGCGCAGACGUGAACCGCCAGGAUGUGGAUGGCAAAACAGCCCUGAUUUAUGGCUGUAGCUACAGUAGAAGCACUGAUUGCAUUCGUUCCCUUCUGGAACUUAGCGCUCAACUCGACAUUCAGGAUGACUGGGGAAGAACUGCUUUGAUGUGUGCAGCUCAAUCGUGCUACGACGAGAUGGUCAGUAUCCUAUUAGAAAGCGGCGCUGACUGGAAGGUUCGCGAUAAUGAGGGACGGACGGCCUUGUUUUAUGCACACACAAAGUGCGACUCGUUUCUUGAACGGCAGGACAAACGUGACAGAAUAAUCCAGGCGUUGCUGCCUUAUGAAAAAUAUCUUGAUGGGACGGAAGCGGGAAAGGAGGCAGCUCAGUCUGAUGAUGACACAGCCUGCGAAGACCAGGUUUUAUCUUGAAGUGAAUAAACGAGUUACUCCCUCUAGAUUCAACGAUUGAAAUCAAGGAUU